GGAAGAUGAACACAUUAACGUGGGGCUCAACAGGCGGCCUGCAGGAAAAUGGACACUUACAUCUCUAAAGCUGACCCUUCUAUCUUGCUCUGCUUGGGUGUGACUGCAGCAUUUGGAAUAAUCACCUUUUACAGAGCCAAGAAGAACCAGGUGCAGAAAAAGUAUAUAUUUGGUCAAGGUUUCCUCCUGCUACUUUUAUUGGGAAUAUUCUGUUUUGCCACACUGAAAAGUUAUGUAAGUUUAACCCUGUUGCCUGUGGCAUGUCUCAUCUAUUACGUUUACUUACCCGUUCAAAUAAUGUUACCUGUGGACAAGAAAGCUGUAUUGAUCACAGGAAGCGAUUCCGGCAUCGGACAUGAAUUGGUGAAGUACCUUGAUAACUUAGGAUUUGUUGUGUUUGCUGGUGUCCUGAAUAAAAACGGACCUGGAGCUGAAAAAUUAAAAAGGAGCUGUUCCCAGAGACUUUGUGUCCUGCAGAUGGAUAUAACUAGCUCAGAACAAAUUAAAGAAGCCUAUCUACAAAUUUCAGAGAUGGUGCAGAACACAGGUUUAUGGGGUGUGGUUAACAACGCAGGAGUCCUGGGGUUUCCUGGAGAUGGUGAGCUACUACCCAUGAGCAUGUACAAGCAGUGUAUGGAGGUGAAUUUCUUUGGGCCUGUAGAGGUCACCAAAAUGUUCCUACCAUUACUUCGGAAAUCCAAAGGAAGGCUCAUUAAUAUCUCCAGUAUGGCAGGAUGCAUUCCGUUGGCACGGUUUGCUGCGUAUGGCUCAUCGAAAGCAGCCCUCUCCAUGUUUUCUGGAGUCAUGAGGCAGGAGCUCGCCCAAUGGGGAGUUAAAGUCGCUGCAGUUCAUCCGACGGGCUUCAGAACAUCCAUUACCGGCACACCUGAGUUGUGGGCUCAGAAGAAAAACCAUCUUCUGGAGAAUCUCACACCAGAGCUAAAGAAAGACUACGGUGAAGACUACAUUGAAGCACUGAAAAAUGUCCUUCUGAACAUGUCGGUUAAUUGUGCCUCUGACCUCUCCCCAGUAUUAGAUGACAUUCUCCAUGCUUUAUUGGCAACGAGUCCACGUGGUUCAUACACUCCAGGCAAACACGCUUACCUCUCUGUUUGCAUAUUUUGCUAUUUUCCGCUCUGGCUUUAUGAUUUUUUCACUGCUAAGUUUCAAAGAAGCAAGAAUGUUCCCAGUGCUCUCAAGGUAUUUGAGGCCAAAAGCAAGAACAUCUAGGCAGAGCGUGGGACUCCAUCCGCAGUUUGAAUCACCCUGGGAGAGCACAGCAGGGUUGUGUGUGUUUGCCUCACUGCAAUUGAGUGGGACCCUUCUGUCAAACUGCAUCCCAGCUGCUGGGCCAUGGGGUGGGAGGAAAAUCUUGAAGCUUUUUGUAUUCGUUCAGGAAAGGUGGAGGAAGGACAGCACCGGCAGCAACAGUGACUGCUUCCCCUCACACUACCUCUCACCUCCUCCCCCAUCCCCAGCCUUUACCUAUGGGAAGCAAGAGGUUAGUUCCAGCCUCCAUGCCCAGUCCGUCUGCCUUUUUUGCUGAGUUUGCUUCAUCUUGCCAGUGAAAGCCAAACACAGUGAAGCUCAUACGAAGCCACAUGUUCUCCUGUGUGUCCAGAGUGGUGUACGAUUCCCUCCUCCUUAGCACGCUCUGAACCUGGCUUGAGGAAUGGCGAGGAAGUAGGGGGCCGCAUUGCGGGUACUCCCUGUGUUGGGGGGUGUAUAUAGCCCACACUAAUGAGAAAGCUUGCCAGAGACCCUGAGUGUCAAGGCUAGCCCUGCCCCUUCAGCCCCCUCAAUCAUGCAAGGUAGGAAGGACUCUGCAGACAGAUAGGCGAGGAGCAGGAUUGCCGUAAGACUGUUGGACUCCUAGAGGCACAGCUAAGAGAUCUGCACUCCAACCCUACAGAGAAUGCAGUGAGCUCCCAAUGUAAGCUGUGCUGAUUAAGCCCAGGCAGAGAGAUUUCUCAGAACCUUUAUGCAGCGGUAUCAUUGGUAGAGCUGUGGACUCCUCCCACAUCUUUAGGGAGUCCUAGCAAGGGGGUACCUCCAAGGCAUUGGGGCAUUUGACUUGCUUUUUCUUCCCCCCAUCCAGAGAGACGUAAGGCCUGCAGAGCACAGGGUCCCCGGUAAGGAAGAGAGACCUGUGCUGACGCCUCCCAGUGCAAGUAACUAGGCAUGGUCAGGUUCUCCCCCCAUCUGGGAGAAAAGCCCCAAGGGUCUCCCUUCCUGCUCAGGCAUAAGUGAUAUAUGUGUGUGGGGCAUGAAGGGUCACGUGCCUCAUAGAUUUUAAUUGUUGAAGCUGGGUUCCCUUACUCUGCCCCCUCCUUCCCCUGCAGGAUAUGGGUCUUCUUGGCUCUCAGAUAGGUCAGUGGGGAGUGGGAGUCAGAGAAGGCCAGGUGGCCAGUGAAACAGGUGAGUGGGUGCAAGGGCCAAUGGGGUGGCAGAAGCAUGCUGCACCCAGUGAAGGGGGAAGGAGUGGUGGGUGGGAACAUCCCUUUCCCAAGUCUGACUCUAAAGUCUCAAGCUAGCGCGAGAGUGUUUAAAGCCAUAUUGUCACGUGUCACAUUUUGGAAAUGAAAGUGACCAUAGGUCAGACUGUUUUUCUCUUUUUCUGUUGUUCCUGUUAGGGUGUGGCUACAUGGAUGGUUUGCGAAGAAUUGAGUAGAAUUGGUUGCAUGAGUAGAAUUAGUUUUGAUUUUCAACAAAUAAUCAACUUUUGACCAAAAUGGCCAAAGGUGGUUUUUUCAUCACUAGUCAUCCCACUUGUCUUGUGUUAAGGCGAUACUGUGACUUUUACCGCAAGAGCCUAUGCAAAUGAAGCGCAGAUUAGCAUUUUCUCGUGCUUCAUUUGCAUACUCUCUUUCGGUCUG